GUAAUCGGUCGUAAUAUGCAAUUUGAUGGCAUAUUGUAGUGUUGUAUAAGUUGUGUAGUUUUGCAGGGUUAAGCUUAUUUCUCAUCUUUCUAAUUAGUGUGAAAGUCUUCGUCAGUUACAAAAAUUUGUACUAACAAUUUACACAUUUUUGACAUUGUUUUUUAAACUACAGUAGUAAACAAGCGGAAAUGUUCAAUGCAUUUUCUUGCAUGUUGUAUUAUCAGUGUCUAUUAACCAUAGUUUAUGACACACAGGUACAGAAGUAGACUUAGGCCACAAGACUUGUUCGAAAUCCCGUCUUAUAUACUAAUGACUUAACGUGUUUCUUGCAGUGAUAGAUAGAAAUAGUGUCAACUGUGUGUGAAUUAGUAGAUGUUAUUUACAGAACACAAUAAAUAUGCAGAAAAGAGCAUUACACUUAGUUUUCAGUUAAUCCAUUAGGAGUGAGCUGUAACUGAAAAGUUGGUAUGUGUAAGAGAGGAGGUAAUAUUGUUCAACUAUUACUUUUUCUUUACUUAAAAGAAUAGGAAGCCCAAGGUUAUUAACGGUGUACUUGGCCACAGUUCUUCAUAGGAGGGAAGAUUUAUACCAUCAAUUAUCACUGUCAUAAAGGAUCAAUAUAUGCAAAUUACAACAUGAUGCACCAAGUAUAUAAGACACUGCCAGAUGAUAGGCCAAUUAUGUCUAUACAUGUCAUUGAAGAUCCAGAUAAAUGUCCCACUGGGUUUGUUGUGGUUUCUCGAACACAUGAUCAAGAUUCGGAUGCAGAUCUGUGGCGAGAGGGAAGUUUCUUUGGGAAGAAGUGUACGCGUUACAUCUGUCUGUCAAAGACUGAGGGUAUAACAGAUUAUAUUAUAGAGUCAGUAGCCAUUAUUAAUGAAAAGGAAGUGCCACCUGAUGGAUAUGCACUUAUCACACGUACAGCUGACACUGACCAGCGAGCAUGGCGCAAACGACAGCUCUGCUACCGACUGGCAAGACGAAAUCAAGCUGCCUCUGCAGUAACAGAUAUCAUCGUGAUGGGGCGGCUGAAAAAGGCUCCAAAUGGUUUCUCUUUAGCUGGAGAAAUUAAUGGGAUGACUGUGUGCUUUAAAUGUGGACCAAGUUUAGCACCUGUAAAUAAACCCAGUGCAACACAACCAUCCCAGUUGCUUUACAGCUUGAGUCCGGCUCCGACCUAUCUCCCUCAUUUUAAUAGUCCACAACCUUACUCAGCUGCUGCAGUUGUCAACAAGGCCCCAAUAAAUGGUGAGGCAGGAGGAGAGUCUCCACAUGAAUAUGAACAGUUAGUCUCGCUCCAACCGUCACGACCAGCUCCCAAACCUCCUGGUGCAAGCACUCAUGGAACAUAUGCCACAAUAGCAGCAUAUAGUGGUCUUGAUGGAGUGCCAUUUAUUUUGAAUCCAUCUUUACAAAAUCUUUCCCAUCGACAUACACAUCAGAUUCCUGUAAUUAAAUCUAAGACGAAACAUGAACUCAACAAAGAAUAUGACUAUGAUUUCCGAGUCGAACGGGAGACAUAGGAAAUGUAAGAAAUGAGUGACUCUAUUCAUGUAACAAAAGCUUGAUGUGAUGAGAGCACUGUGCCAUAGCAGUUUCCUUUGAUUGUUGUUGUCCAAGCUAAAUAACAUGCCUAAGUUUCUGCAUUUUUUGUUAGUGUGGUAAAGUUUGUCAGGUUCAUGUAGACUUUUUCAGAAGUGAGAAUUUAGAUCAGUGGCCUAGGAUGAUUUCCUGAUGUAUUCUGACUUCUUGUGCCUUUCCAGUAUUUUGAUUUCAGGACAAUCCAGAAGUCUUCAUAUAUAUAAAUGUGAGGGUUUUCACAGAGGUGACUGUUAGGAUUGUGACACAAUAUAGUUUUUGUGAGCAGAUAUGGAUGUUUCAGAGAGAUUUGCUGCCUCCAUCUUUGAGGUAUUUCUCUAAAAUGUCGGUAUCCAACCACAAAACUAUAUGAUAUCACAAUCCAGAAACCCACCAUCAUAGUCUUAGUUUGUUAAAGUUGCUAAUUUUGUUUUAUUGCUAGUGGGGUGGGACUAAGUCCCUUGUACUGCGGGCACUUCUGGCCUAUUGUACCAAAGUUACAUAGAAAGUUUGGAUCAAUUCAGAAUUUGACUUAUAUGCACUACCAAAAAUGUGAAUGUAUGAGUAAAGUAGAGCAAUAAUUUUUUCCCAAUUAUGAGCCUUGUUUCUUUUAAACAUCAUCUUUUAUGAAAAUAAUAAACAAACUCUGUGAUAACUCCAUAUCUAUUUGAACAUACAUUACAAUGAAAAUUAUGGGUGUGAAUUCAUAUAUUGGUAAUAGCUGUUAGUAUCCAAACAUUUAUUUAGAGUGGAACCCACAAUUAAUGUUCCUCAGUUUAAGGUUUUCAUUCGCUUAGUGUUCAAUGUAAAUUACUCAAAGUCAGUAAUCUCAGUGUUAAAUUAUUUCCUUUUAGGAUUUUCCUCAGUUUAGUAUUAAAAUUCACCCCUCCCCAUAGAAACCUUAAAUGGUGGGUUCACUGUAUUACCUAGUACUUAGAGUUUUUUAAAUUUGUUGACUGGUUCACGGCAACUGGUGUGCUGCUUGCCACAAGGCACAUGCAGAUUUUGCCAAUGAAUCAGCAUGCCUGGGGGCCAAUAACGUUGGAAUGAAGGGAAGUAAUUAACUUGUGGACUGCUUGACAGCAUUAUGUUUCACAGCGAGCAGUGCACUUCAUGCGUGGGAGUUUGUUUAUGAUUUGUCAGUAGUAGACUACAGUUAUCAGCUCCAUUAGCUAUUUGUUCUCAGUUAUGGUUAGUGAGCAGGGUAGUAGUGGUGCAGUAUACUUCAGAGCAACGUGUCUUUCUGUAUGACACCUAUGUGAAAUACGGAUCUGCUAGAAUGUGUCAGUGAAAUUUUCGAUGUAAAUUUUGUGAUUGAGUUUGCAGCAGACAAACAAUUUACAAUUUGACAAAUAAACUUAGAACAACAGGACUCUUAACAGACAAGGAGCAAAAACAUAAAUGCUGAGUGCUUACUGAGGAGAAGUUAGAUGGCACAGGGGCCAGACUUGAACAUACACCUAGAAAAUUACUGAAAUGUCUAGCUCAAGAGACUGGAGUGUCAAUGUCUAGUGCAAGAAUAGCAAUACAAUUGCAGAAGCUUGGACCCUAUAAAACAACAGUAGUCCACGCAUGCUUUGCGUGUACAAAAUACAACUAGCAGGGUUCAUUUUUGCAUUUGGUUUCUACAGUCUGUUGUUGAAGAUGAGAUCGAUCUGCAGUUGAUGUUGUUUUCUGAUUAAGCAUGGUUUCACUUGCAGGGAUACAUAAAUACGCAAAAUAAUCUGGAUUUCACAGAAUCUGCAUCUAACCCAUGAAGUCCCACUCCAUCCAAUAGAAGUAGGUGCGUGGUGUGCUACAAGUAGAAGAAAGAUUGUUAUAUCUCUGUUUUUUAAUUAAACAGUUGUAAAAGAUGUCUACAUACAGAGGAAUAGCAUUUUCAGCAACUCCUGUGAUCUGUGAUUUGUAACUGCUUCAUUCCCAACAUUACAAGCUGUCAGGCAUGUGAUUCGUCAGCAAAAUUCAUAUGGCUCACAGCUGGCAUUGUACAGGUUGCUGUAAGCACAGAGCCAUGGAACCAGUCAACAAAGUAAAAAUCCUCCCUGUAUUUCUCAGUUUUUUUAUCUACAUGUUCAUAUGAUAAUUUUAUAGGUUGAUUCCUUUUAUGCAUCAUGUGAAUUGACCAAAUCUUUAAGGUUCCAGUUAGAAAAAUUGUAAAAUCCAAAUGGGUUUUACUAGUCUAAUCAACUCCUGCUGCUUGUUUGUCCUAUAAUAGCAUAUAUUCAAAAUCUUCUUUUUGCAAGUUAGUGUUACUGAUCACACUUUUUCAAGUUUGCUAACAAAAGUUAUGAAACUUUUUGGUUAUGCCAUUUACCUUGGAUACUUCAAUAUCAUUAACAUUAGGUAAUGAUUAUUGUUUGUUUAAAAUAUUAGUAAUUAAGGAAAUUGGUACCAUCAUAAGAAUUUGGUUCAAGAUCAGACUUUUCUGUCUCUAGUGUUCGAUGUAUUACUGCCUUGAAUUGAGCCUGAAGGAACAUAAGAUUAAACACUUUAGUUUUAUAUACAUUACAGAUCCCAUGGAUCAUUUUAUCAAGAAACUACUGUUUAUAAAAGUAAAUGUUGCAAAAGGAACAUAUGUAUUACUGAAGAGAGUGGUCUUGUGGGAUGGGACUUUGCAUAGUUUGACUGGUGAGUACAAGUAUUCCAGAGGACACUUUUGACUCUUCCCAUCUUCCAGACUACAUGACAACUCAUCCAGAAAAGCCAUAAUCUUGAUGCUCAGUUCUGUGAGAACCUCAGAUCUCACCAUUAUUACUGCCAUCUGUUGACCAUGAUAAGAAGAGGCACAGCUGACAGUUUAGUUUUAUAUAACACUGUACUCUUUAUUUAUGUUAACAAACUGCUGAUUUAUAUUCAGAGAGAAUUUUGGAUUUGGUGUGGAAUAGGAUGUAAUUGCUAGGCUGGUAAAAUGUUAUUGAAAAUUAUUAACAUUUAUCAGAAGGAAGAAUUUUGUUAUGUCUUCCUCAUUGGUUGUCAGUUAUUAAUCUGUGUACCUUCCUGAGAACUAAGUGUUGUAUGGCAGUUGCUCACCAUUUUCAGGAGUUAUGUUCCAGAAAGUCACUGGAUUGUCAAGCCCAACACCUUAUAGGAAAUAUGAGGUUAGGUGAACUUUGUUCGGCCUCUGCCAUCAUUCAUAAAACUUCACUUGAUCUAAAAACUAAAAGUACUCGUAUGUAUGACAUAUUCCAAACUAAUGUCUGUUCAUGUGACAGCUGCUGCUGCUCCUCUUUUUCCUUCUCCUCCUCCCCUCCCCUUCCUCCUCCUCCUAGAAACAGUUCCCAGUAUGUGUAUGUUCUGUUUUAGCCUCAAGACUGAAACAUGCGAGUAUAAUGCACUGGAAUGUGUGCAACUUUUGAGUCUAGACAGGUUUGCCAUUGUGCAUCAGUUCUUUGCCCGUUUCCAUACCAGCUGAAAAAGCAUUUGGUAACAUAUUAAUUGAUAUUGAAAUUGUUAGCUUUAUUAUUUACUGCGAGAUAGGUGACAGUGACAUAUGAUCUUUCAAGUCAUCAUGACAUGUUUCAGUAAUCCCCAGUGGGUGAAAGGAUAUGAUUUAUGCAAAGCAGAGGUUGGUUGCAGGUUGCAGGUUUUAAGUGAUGGAAGUGACUUAGGCACUGGUGGUUUCUCUGCCCCCCCUCCCCCAAGCAUUAGAUGGGUGGUUGUCUUAUUCCCUGUUGUAAUCCUGCAACCCCUGCUUCUAAGUGCUGCAUUUGUUCAUCCAGACCUUGUUUAAAGGUAAGGCUAAGCUUCAUACUUAAAUUGAUUGAUUUCCACAAAAUGAUUGGUCAGACUGGAAGCAGUCAACUUCUGUUUUUUCUCCGCAUCCUAAUUGCCCUCCUCGUCACUGAAGAAUUUCUUAAUCUUCUUAGGUCUUCCAAAUGUGACCAAAACGGCGGUCGCACACUUGGUAUAAUUCACUUGUGGACUCAAGCCACGGAGUUUUUGUUUUGUUUUCUAUUAUUGUACAUCUUCAGGAUCCUAAAUUAAAUGUUGCUACUAUGGUUCUCAGUUCAGAAGUUUGCAUGCCUGUUACAUUCCUAUGGCUGGUGGUAAGAAAUGAAAAUUUAGUGACAUCUUGGUAGCCACCAGUGGCAUAAUGUUUCUGCCACAUUUUGUGAAGAUCGGUCACGUGGCUCAAAUGUUGAAUAGAUGGGCCACAUAGACAUGCGUACGCGGGUCACGCAGUAAUCUCAUAAUCUGAGUUUGUUUUCCCCUGAGGAAGGGAAGUUUGCUAAUUAAGUAUCACAAAAGUGUGUGCUGUAAUGGUUACGUGGAAGCUAUAAAACUGGUGUUAUAUUUGCUACAGCCCUGUCCCCCACAAAUAUAAACCCUUUUUCCUGUGUAUGCACAAAUUACAAGUUGGGAUCAUAAAAUCAAAACCUGGAUACAGACAGAAAAUCACAGAUUCUUGAAAUUCAUGAUUAGUAAGGGAUUACUGCUUCUUCAUUUUGUUUUGAUAUCACUUGAUGUACUUUACAUGACUGUCAGAUAUAUUAAUAUGAAUAGAGAUUAAUGUAAAAGAUUAAAUUGAGGCCCUUGUUAAUAACAGAAAUAAAUACAAGUGGAUCAUAGUUUAAAUAGUAUAAAUCGAAGUUGGGGGGUGGGGGUGUCAUGAUUUGUAUUCUUGCUUAAAAUGCAUUUGAUGCAACAAUAAAAAUCUUGAAGGAGUGUAGUGUCUCCAGAAACUUCAAAGGCUGGUUAACAGAGCAGCACUAAGUUACCAGUGUAUCACAAAAGUAAUUUUUUUUUUCCCCAAUGGAAACAUGAUACCUAAUGAUUUGAAAUCCAGAUGUGCAUCAUUGAUCCUUUUUAGAGCGGUAACCAUGAAAUUUUGCUGUGGUGUUACUGCGACUCAAUGUUUAUUGUAAAUACACUUCCCUGUUUUUUAUUAUUUGCUAAUCAUGUUCCACACAUGCUAUUAGCAAAAUAAAUUACUGGAAUUUACCCUGCUAUUAAAUCUCAGUUGCAUAUGAAACAAGACUGAAAGUAUACGGUGUACAUUUAACGGACCCUUUCAGCCAAGGAAAUUCAAAAUAAUGAGCUAAAAUCCAUGGCCACAUAUGUAUUUACAUAAACUCAAAAAGGAGUUAUGGUUUUAUGUAAAUUGUAUUUUAAUUGGACAUAUUGUCACGUGUCUGGGGUUCCAUUACAAGUAGUAAUGGGUUCUGGAUUGGGUGAUUGAAUUUACUGGAGCUUCCUUGCAGUCACUUUUAAUUACAAUUGAUUAUGACAGCUCACAAUUAAUGACUGUCUCAGACUCGCUCCAUUCCUUACUGGACUGUGAGUGUCUUCUCUUCUGUGUGACUGACCUGGUUCCGAUUUACAAGUCAGUCACUUCUUCAGCUUUCAUUGUCCACAGGUUAACACUCCACAGCUGAACACUGAACUCUCUUACAGCUGAAUUACAACUCCCUUACAACUGAACUAUGACUACCUUACAACUGUACUCUAAACUAACUCUUUUAUAACUUCAGGGGGAACCGAAUAAAGUUCUUAUGUUAUUCUAUGUUUAUCUGUUGCUACGAAAUGUGAUUGGCGAGCCAUUGGCUAUCAGUGGACAUCCACGUCUGUUCGUAUUUGCGGGAACUUUUGUCACUGAACCAUUGCCUAGCAAUGAUGAUAAUAAUUUAUGGAAAAGUGAAUGGUGUAUAAAAUGUGUCAAUUUAUAUCUUAUGAUUCUAUUGAGAACAUUCUUUCCUCUUAUAAAUAUUUAUUGGGUUUUUCUUUUGUUCCAUUCUGGUCCGUCACACUAAUAAUAUGAUGAACAGUUAAACUAGAUGAAACUGUUUAACUUUUCAUAAUAUUAUUGGGUUAUGCUUUAGAUGCAUGCUGAUAUGUAUGUGAUUCUUUACGUAAAAUUCUCUCUUAGUUUCCAUAUAUAGUGUUACAGGUCUCAGUCAUCAUGAUCCUUAAGGUCUUCUCAUAAAUGUGAACUCUAUUUUGAUUUUACAGUACUGUAUUGUAACUUCUCCAGCACUAUCGAUGGAAUGGAUGGAAGGUCUGUGUCCUAGAUAAAAGACAUGUCUUUUGAUUUGUUGACUCUGUAUCAAAUACAGAAAGAAAUACCUCAGUUUUGCAAAUGGCUUCUUUUUAUGUGUCUGUAAAAUUUGCAUUUCAGUCUGCAUAAAUGUAACAGAUAUUUUUGGAAGAACUUGUUUUUGUUGGGGGCACGCGGUAGCAUAGUUGGUUGAGGGGCUAUGCUACAAGCCAAAAGGUCGUGGGUUCAAGUCCC